CAACCCCCGAAGCCCCUUUACCUUUAUUUCAAAGGAAAGCGUUGCUGGGAAUUGUAGUUUAAGGACAGCCGCUUACUCUUUAAUGUAUCCGCCUACCCUGUUUGUUUGAGGUUGCUGAUUGGCUGCCCGUCUGGUUGCCGUAGGGUCUCUGCCAAGUAGUUUUUCCCGCCAGCGCCAAGUUUCAGAGAGCAGUGCGGGUUGGAAGUGCUCGGUGCCUGCUGGCUGUGCUGACUGGUGUCCCGCCAUGUCAAAGCAAAAGACCCUGUUCAGCUUCUUCCACAAGUCCCCCCCUAUCUCCAGCAGCACCAAGUCCGGGAAAGCCUCUUCCCCAACCGAGGCCGAUGUUCCCUCCUCUGGGGGCAAGAAGUCCAGCUCUUCACCUAAAGAGGGGGCCAAGGAAAGGGGGACUCCAGGCCGGGCUCAUGGAGGGAAAGCUCCCCGGUCUGCCGCACCCAGCGCUGUCAGUGACUUCAACCCUGGAGACCUAGUUUGGGCCAAAAUGCCUGGUCAUCCAUGGUGGCCCUCUUUGGUUUACAACCACCCAAAAGAAGACACUCAUCUAAGGGGCAAGGGAAAGUCCCUUAAUAUCCAUGUCCAGUUUUUUGAUGACAGCCCUACAAGAGGAUGGGUUGGAGCAAAAUAUAUGAAGCCUUUCUCUGGUUCCACUGCUGCCGAAGCCCAAAAAGGUGGUCUUUUUUUUAGUACCAAGCCAGAAAUAAGAAAAGCAAUAAAAAUGGCAGAUGAUGCCAUGGCACAAGACAAGCAAAAGCGCCUUGAAUUGGCUGUGUGCAUGGAACCAUCAGAUUCGGAAGAGGAUAUGGAGCUUGAAGAUGAGGGCUCUUCUGCAAGUCACGAUGAAGCAGAAGACGUAAAAAAAAGGCAGCCAGUUCGGGAGAGUAAAAAGAAUGGCAAACCCAAAAGAAGAAGGAUUACGAUAGAGUCAGACAGUGAUAAUGAAGGCUCUGAUGAUGAAUUCAAGCCAGAAGACAGUGCUAGUAGUGAUGAGGCCAGUAGUGGGGUGGAUGAAGCUAAACUGUCAGAACCUGAUUCUGAAACUGAAGAAGAUAGCCCAGUCAAGGUCCCUUUAAAGCGUAAAAGAGGGAAUCCUGACAAACCAACUGGCCCAAAAAAGCGCUUGCAAGAUGAACUUUCAGAAACCCCCAAAAGAGCAAGCAAUGUGUCUGCAGAGGCCAAGUUAAAGUUAUCUUCCUUCUCUGCUCCCGAGUCUUUCGAAUCACAGACAAAUGCUGGCGGGACUGGCAGUGUUUCUGUAUGGGACCAUGAAAAGUUUGAUUGGCUGCAAGAUGGGAGAAGGAAGGAUCUUAAACGUAAAAAGCAGAACGAUGCUGAUUACGACCCAAGCACCUUGUAUGUCCCAGAUGACUUCCUUAAUAAAUGCACUCCAGGCAUGAGAAAAUGGUGGCAGCUUAAAUCUCAGAACUUUGAUACGGUUAUCUUUUAUAAGGUUGGCAAGUUUUAUGAACUUUAUCACAUGGAUGCUGUCAUUGGGGUCAACGAGUUGGGCCUGACAUUCAUGAAAGGCGCAUGGGCUCAUUCUGGCUUUCCAGAGAUUGCUUUUGGACGAUUUUCCGAUGUUCUCGUACAGAAAGGAUACAAAGUAGCCAGAGUGGAGCAGACGGAAACUCCAGAGAUGAUGGAAGUCCGGUGCAAGUCAAUGUCACAUCCAAGUAAAUUUGACAGGGUUGUAAGAAGAGAAAUAUGCAGGAUCAUUACUAAAGGGACUCAGACUUACAGUGUUUUAGAUGGCAAUCCGUCUGAAAGCCAUAGUAAGUAUCUUCUGUGCUUCAAAGAGAAAAUGGAUGAUUCCUCUGGUCAAAGAAGAAUAUAUGGUGUUUCUUUUGUGGACACCUCUGUAGGGAAAUUUCACGUAGGUCAGUUUGAAGAUGACCGCCAUUGUUCGAGGUUUAGAACUUUGGUAGCCCAUUUCCCUCCAAUUCAGAUCUUGUUUGAGAAAGGCAACCCUUCUUCAGAUACAAAGAAAGUUUUGAAGAGCUGUCUGUCAACUUCCAUUCAGGAAAGCCUGCAGCCUACAUCUCAGUUUUGGGAUGCAUUCAAAACACUGAAAACUUUAGCUGAAGAAGCUUACUUUGAAAAAGAUUUUCAACCUGGCAGUGGCAACUUGCCAACAGUUUUGAAAAACUUGACUUCAGAAAAUGACUCUUUAGCACUUACUCCUGGCGAAAAGAGUGAAUUGGCUCUUUCAGCGCUUGGAGCAUGUAUAUAUUACCUUAAGAAAUGUCUUAUUGACCAAGAGCUGCUCUCUAUGGCAAACUUUGAAGAAUACAUUCCUGUGGAUACGGGCAUAGAAAAAGCCCAGGCUUCAAGUAGUUUCUUUGCCAAGACGAGUCAGCGCAUGGUUCUUGAUGGAGUAACACUUACAAAUCUGGAAAUUCUCCAGAAUGGAACAAAUGGUUCUACAGAAGGGACACUGUUAGAAAAGCUGGACACAUGCUCUACACCCUUUGGGAAGCGUCUCUUAAAACAGUGGCUGUGCGCCCCUCUUUGUAAUCCCUUCUCCAUUAAUGAUCGUUUAAACGCAGUGGAAGAUCUCAUGGACCUUCCUGAUAAAGUGUCUGAAGUUAGUGAUCUCCUAAAGAAACUCCCUGAUCUAGAGAGGCUGCUGAGCAAAAUUCACAGUAUCGGUUCCCCACUUAAAAGCCAGAACCAUCCAGAUAGCAGGGCUGUAAUGUACGAGGAAAUCGCUUACAGCAAGAAGAAGAUUGCAGAUUUCUUAUCUGCUCUGGAGGGGUUUAAAGUCAUGAGAGAAGUGAUCAGUAUUCUGGAAGAUGCUGCUGCUAACUUUAAGUCAAGUAUACUGAAACAAAUUGUAAGUAUUAAAGGUAAAACUCCCCAGGGACACUUCCCUGACCUAUCGGCAGAGCUGAAGAGAUGGGAUACUUCUUUUGAUCACGAGAAAGCGCGCAAGACUGGUGUGAUCACUCCUAAAGUGGGUUUUGAUCCGGAUUACGAUGAAGCAUUGAAAGAUAUCAAAACCACAGAACAAGAUCUUAACGAGUAUUUGGAUAAACAGCGCAAACGACUCAGCUGUAAAACUGUCGUCUACUGGGGGACGGCCAAGAACCGAUACCAAAUGGAAAUUCCCGAGAGUGUUACAGAGCGUAACCUGCCGGAAGAGUAUGAAUUAAAAUCGACAAAAAAAGGAUACAAGCGCUAUUGGACUAAAGCAAUUGAAAAGAUGUUUGGAGACCUCGCGAACGCAGAGGAACGGCGGGAUGCCGCUCUUAAAGACUGUAUGAGGAGGCUCUUCUAUAACUUUGAUAAAAACUACAAAGAAUGGCAGACUGCUGUGGAAUGCUUUGCGGUAUUAGAUGUCCUCAUAAGUUUAUCUCAGUACAGCCAAGGUGGUGACGGGCCAGUCUGCAGACCGGUGAUUGUGCUACAGGACAACCAUUUGCCAUUUUUGGAGCUGAAAGGUUCUCGACAUCCCUGCAUUACAAAAACCUUUUUUGGGGAUGAUUUCAUUCCAAAUGACAUUCUCAUUGGCUGUAAGGAGGAGGACUCUGAUGACAGCAGCGAUGAAGCUCACUGUGUGCUUGUCACAGGGCCAAACAUGGGAGGAAAGUCAACCCUUUUGAGACAGGCAGGUCUCCAGGUUGUUAUGGCACAGCUGGGAUGUUACGUGCCGGCAGAGUCUUGCAGACUGACUCCCGUAGACCGGGUGUUUACACGACUGGGUGCAUCUGACCGAAUCAUGGCAGGUGAAAGCACAUUUUUUGUGGAAUUGAGUGAAACCUCUAGCAUCCUGCAGCAUGCAACAGAACAUUCCCUUGUGCUUCUGGAUGAACUUGGAAGAGGCACGGCUACCUUUGAUGGUACAGCUAUAGCCAGUGCGGUUGUUAAGGAACUUUCUCAAAGUGUCAAAUGCCGAACUUUAUUCUCUACACACUACCACUCUCUGGUGGAGGAUUACUCUCACAGCCAGGCUGUACGCCUUGGGCACAUGGCAUGCAUGGUGGAAAAUGAGUGCGAGGAUCCAAGCCAGGAGACCAUCACGUUCCUUUACAAGUUCAUUAAAGGAGCUUGUCCUAAAAGCUAUGGAUUUAAUGCUGCAAGGCUGGCUCACAUUCCUGAUGAAAUUAUCCAGGUUGGCCACCAAAAAGCAAGAGAAUUUGAAAGCAUUACGGUUUCCCUCAGGCUCUUCAGAGAGCUGAAUCUCUUGCUGGACAACCCUUCCUCUGAUGGCCAAGUGCUCCAUAACCUGCUGAAGGUGCUCCAAUAACAUGUCCCAAUGCCACUGCUGUUUGUGUGUGUUUAUUCACAAGGCUGCGUUCCACACGGGUAUGAUCUAAUAAACUUUAUUUUUUAAAAAUGA